GAAAGAAGGAAUGAAAGAAGAAAACCCAACGACCCACAAAGAAAGUUAGAGAAUAGCCUUCCAAGUUUAGUUUUCGACUCUCUCUCUACUAAUAAUUUGAUGAGAACCGAAAACUUCCUGGGCAAGUUCUUUAAAAAGUGAAGCUAUAUCGCGGGGAAAAGCUGCAAAACCAGCUGCCAUGGAGAUCGACGGAGCCCAAUCACCCACUGACCCUGAUCCUCUCCCAUUCGCCAGAAGUUACCAGCUAGAAGCAUUAGAGGCAGCAAUUAAGAAGAACACCAUAGUGUUCUUGGAGACUGGCUCUGGAAAGACUCUGAUUGCCAUUAUGCUUCUCCGCAGCUACGCUUAUUUGCUCCGCAAGCCUUCUCCUUUCAUUGCCGUCUUCUUGGUUCCUAAAGUUGUCUUGGUCAAACAACAAGCUGAAGCUGUGAAAAUGCACACCGACUUGAAAGUGGGUAUGUAUUGGGGAGACAUGGGAGUCGACUUCUGGGAUGCGGAUAUGUGGAAGCAACAAUUAGAACAAUAUGAGGUGCUUGUGAUGACUCCUGCAAUAUUGCUUAGUAAUUUGAGGCAUAGCUUCUUCAAACUAAGCAUGAUAAAGGUUUUAAUUUUUGAUGAGUGCCAUCAUGCCAGGGGUAACCACGACUAUGCUUGCAUAAUGAAGGACUUCUUUCAUCGUGAGCUACAUUCCGGUGAAUCUGAACUUCCAAGAAUAUUUGGAAUGACUGCUUCCCCCAUAAAAUCAAAAGGUGGAAAUUCAGAGUCAUCGUAUUGGAAAAUAAUUGAUGAACUUGAGACCCUGAUGAAUUCAAAGGUGUAUACAUGUGCUAGUGAAUCCGUGCUUGCUGAGUUUAUACCACAUUCAACUACAAAGUUCAAAUAUUACAGGCAUGACGAGAUUCCAUGUGGCUUGGUUGCAAAUAUAAUAACCCAGUUGAAUGCUUUGAAAGAAAAGCAUGAACUGUCACUAGAAAGUUUGGAUCUCAGUCAAUCUACAUCACAAUCCAUAAUCAAUAAGAUGAAGAAAUUAUAUUCAGCUUUAACAUUUUGUUUGGAAGAGCUUGGUGUUUGGCUGGCUUUAAAGGCUGCUUCGUUCUUUUCCCAGAAAGAAAAUGAAUUGUUUUCAUGGGGGAAACUGGAUGUGUUGGGCGAGAAUAUUGUGAGAAACUUCAGUUCUGAAGCUUACCAGGCGUUUGCAUCUUUUGUACCAUCUGAUCGAAAGUGGACUAUUGCGAAUGACGUUACAUACGAUUUGGAUAAGGGGCUUCUGACUUCAAAAGUUGUCUGUCUCAUCCAAUUGCUUCACGAAUACAGGGGCUUAAAGGAUUUGAGAUGUAUAGUUUUUGUUGAAAGGGUCAUAGCAGCUGUUGUCAUCGAAUCAUUAUUUAGUACAUUUUUGCCUAAACUCAAUGACUGGAAGACAAAGUACAUUGCGGGAAAUAACAGUGCGGUGCAAUUCCAAACCAGAAAAAGGCAGAACGAAAUUGUUGAAGAAUUCCGUAAGGGCAUGGUGAAUAUCAUUGUUGCAACAUCGAUUCUUGAAGAGGGGUUAGAUGUUCAAAGCUGUAAUUUGGUCAUUAGAUUUGAUCCUUCCUCCACUGUUUCUAGCUUCAUACAGUCUAAAGGUCGUGCAAGGAUGCAAAACUCUGAUUAUGUGUUAAUGUUGAAAAGUGGUGAUUCCAGUACACAUUCUCGAGUACAAAAUUAUCUUGCUAGUGGAGCUAUAAUGAGAAAGGAGUCCUUACGCCAUUCUUCUCUUCCCUGCACACCUUUGGAAAUUGAUUUGCAGGAUGAUGACUUUUAUCGUGUUGAAAGUACUGGAGCAAGCUUGAGCCUUGCUUCCUCUAUUGGAUUGGUGUACUUCUAUUGCUCAAGGCUCCCUUCUGAUGGAUAUUUUAAACCUGCUCCAAGAUGGGAUAAGGAGACUUGCACUUUGCAUCUUCCCAAGAGCUGUCCAAUACCUGAUGUUCAUGUAAAAGGAGAUGUUAAAAUUUUGAAGCAACUUGCAUGCUUUGAAGCUUGCAAGGAACUUCACAAAAUUGGUGCCUUAACGGAUAAUCUUGUUCCAGAUAUUGUUGAGGAAGAAGGCACACAAGAGCUUGGGUCGGAACCGUAUGAUGAUGUACAGUGCAGCUAUGUUCCAAUUGAAUUAGUCAAGCCCUUUUGCUCAAAUGAUCCUAGUAUAUUGUAUCAUUGCUACUUAAUUGAGCUGAAUCAGAAUUUUGAAUAUGAUAUUCCAGUUCAUAAUAUUGUACUUGGUAUGAGGUGUGAGCUUGAUUGCGAUAUUGCAAAUAUGCAUUUUGACUUGGAAGUCGGCAGAGGUAGUUUAACAGUAAACUUUAAAUAUGUUGGAGAAAUUCAUCUACAUUCAGAACAGGUACUUCUGUGUAGAAGGUUCCAAAUCACAAUUUUUCGAAUUCUAAUAGAUCACAAUUUGAAUAAGCUGGGAAAAGUUUUAGAUGGACUUUGUUCGGGAGGAAAUGUUGGGAUUGAUUAUCUUUUACUCCCGGGGACCAGAAUACAUCAGGAAGCUGUGAUCAUUGAUUGGAGAUGUGUUACAUCUGUGUUAUUUGCAUCUGAAGAAUAUUCCAAGGAUCAUGUAAAUUGUUCAACGCAUAACGGUUGUUCCCGUUUGGUACAUACCAAACAGGGUUUGGUUUGUACAUGCAUGAUCCAGAAUUCUUUGGUUUGUACCCCUCAUAAUGGUACCAUAUAUUGCAUCACUGGUUUGUUGAGUAACUUGAAUGGAAACUCACUUCUUAAGCUCAGGGAUGGCAGAGCUCUUACGUAUAAGAAAUACUACGAAGAAAAACACAAGAUCAACAUGUAUUUUGAUCGACAAUUGCUACUGAAAGGGAGACGAAUUUUCCAGGUGCAAAAUUAUCUACAAAGGUGCAGACAACAGAAAGAAAAAGAAUCGAGUCAUACAUCUGUUGAAUUGCCGCCUGAAUUUUGUUCUAUAAUUAUGUCACCUAUAUCAAUCAGCAGUGUAUAUUCAUACUCAUUUGUUCCUUCAAUCAUGCAUCAACUUGAGGCUUUACUUAUUGCUGCCAGCUUGAAAAGGAUUGUUUUGGAUCAUUGCACACAAAAUGUUAUCAUUCCAACCGUUAAGGUCUUGGAAGCUAUUACAACAAAAAAAUGUCAAGAGAAUUACCAUUUGGAAUCCUUGGAGGCUCUUGGAGAUUCAUUUCUUAAAUAUGCUGCUAGUCAGCAACUUUUCAAAACAUAUCAGAACAAUCAUGAAGGCCUUCUUAGUUUAAAGAAGGAGAAGAUAAUUUCCAAUGCUGCCCUUUGCAGGCUUGGAUGUGACCACAAACUUCCGGGCUUUAUUCGUAACGAGAGUUUUGACCCAAAAGAGUGGUUUAUACCUGGAGAUUAUUCUGGAAGUUAUUUACUAUAUGAGGAGUUGCUUUAUGACGGAAGAAAGAUCUACACUAGGGAAAGACGGAAGGUCAAAAGUAAGAGUGUUGCUGAUGUGGUUGAAGCACUAAUUGGUGCAUUUCUUAGCACAGGUGGGGAAGUAGCUGCCAUAUAUUUCAUGAAUUGGGUUGGUAUAAAGGUGGAUUUUGUCCAUAUACCAUGCGAGAGGCACUUCCAACUGCAACCGGAGAAGCUUGUCAAUGUCGGACAUUUAGAGUCCUUACUGAACUACUCAUUCCGUGAUCCUUCUCUUCUUGUUGAGGCACUAACCCAUGGUUCGUACAUGCUUCCCGAAAUUCCAGGAUGUUAUCAGCGGCUGGAAUUUCUCGGGGAUGCUGUGUUAGAUUAUCUGAUCACUAUAUAUUUGUACAAUGAGUAUCCUGGGAUGUCACCGGGAAUCUUAACUGAUAUGAGGUCCGCCUCUGUGAACAACGACUGUUAUGCUCGCUCUGCUAUUAAGGCUGAGUUGUACAAGCACAUUCUGCAUGCUUCACACAAACUGCACAAAGAUAUAGUUUACACAAUUGAAAACUUUGAGAGGUUAUCUACGGAAUCGACUUUUGGAUGGGAAUCUGAGACAUCAUUCCCCAAGGUACUUGGAGAUGUUGUCGAGUCUCUAGCAGGGGCAAUUUAUGUUGAUUCUGGAUAUGAUAAGAAGAUUGUCUUUCAAAGUAUAAGUCCUCUCUUGCAGCCCUUGAUUACUCCAGAGACGUUGAAGCUCCAUCCUGUAAGAGAGUUGAACGAACAUUGCCAGAAAAUGCAUUAUGACAUGAAGAAACCCGUGAAGACUUCCCACAACGGUGUGGCUGCCAUUACAAUAGAGGUCGAAGCUAAUGGGUUCACGUACAAGCAUACAUCAACAGCUUCUAAUAAGAAGACGGCAUUGAAAUUAGCCUGCAAGGAGGUUUUGAGGUCCUUGAAAGAAACUACACAGCUUGCAAGAAAUUCAUGAACAGUUGUACUGCUAUAAUAAUGCGUUGGAGAACCAACAGUGUAGGCAUGUCUAAAGUUAUGGUAUGUAUCUUCUUAGAGGUACUAUAACUUCUUAAAGGUGCAGUAGCGGCGCUGUAACUGGGCAAGAAUUGGCGGAUGGAUUAUAUGUUAUGGAUCGGUCGUUGGUGAAUUAAUGCAAUUGUUCUACUGCUUUGUGUUAAAA